UUUUUCAUCUUAUUAAAAAAUUAAUUAAAGUUAGUUAUGAAACGAUCACCGGAAAUAAACUGGAAUUUCCGGCGUUGUCUGUUGGAUCUAUCGUUGUGAUUGGAGACAAGAAUUGCGUCUCACUAGAAAGAACGAAUAGCGUGAUGUUAAUACAGGCUCAGAGGGAAUCGGAAACUGUUGCUGACUCUCUUUCUUUCGGUCAUAAGCCGGCACCGGUUCACCAUAAGAACCGACUGUGACGCGUGCCAACCGUUCCGAAAUUAUUCUUGUGCGCAGUACACCGUUGCUUUUACCGAUCUCGUCGGUUCAGCCAGCCCUAUUUGUAUUUUUCUGCCGUGAUUUUAACGUGGUAAGCUCUAAACGGUACGCGAUGGCGGCGGUUGACUGUUACCAGAAUCAAGCCCAGAACGAAGGUACCGGCCAACAGUCACAAACCCAACAGCAACAACAAUCACAGCAACAUCAGCCUCAGCAGCAACAAGCCACCGCCGGAAUUCCAGGCAAGGAUGACGAACGCAAACUUUUCGUUGGUGGUUUGUCGCGUAAUACCACGGACAAGGAAUUACGGGAUCAUUUUGGCAAAUUUGGAGAGAUUGAAAGCAUUUCCGUUAAAAUUGAUCCAUAUACUGGUAUUUCACGAGGUUUCGCGUUUAUGGUAUUUACCAAUCCUAAAACAAUCGACAAACUUUUGGCGUCUGGCGAGCAUUAUAUCAACAAACGAAAGGUGGAUCCAAAACGGGUGAGUAAAAAGCCCCAGCAUGGUAAAAUUUUUGUAGGUGGCCUUACUCCUGAAAUCACUGACGAAGAUAUCAAAUCAUAUUUUGGGCAAUACGGUACAAUUGUUGAAUUGCAAGCACCGUUUGAUAAGGUAAAAAACCAGAGAAAAGGUUUUUGCUUCAUAACUUUUGACUCUAAAGAAGUUGUAUAUAAACUAUUGAAAACACCGAAACAAACGAUAAAUGGUAAAGAAGUGGAUGUCAAAAAAGUAAAAGUCAAUCCAGAUCCAAGGAAUCAAGGAUUCUGGGGUCCGGGCUAUGGUUACGGAUACGGUGGAGGUUAUGGCUACAUUCCUGAAUACUGUAAUGGCUAUCAAGGAGGAUACGACGAUAUGUACGCAAACUAUGAUUAUGCUGGUUACGAUGGGUAUGACAAUAUGGGAUACGGGGCUCAAGGUAAGCCAAGAGGAAACGGUCAGGGACCGCGUCAGUUUCAAAGACAUCAACCAUAUUAAAAAUGGGUGUAUAAAUCUUACAUACUCAGAACUUGGUGAUACAGCAAGAAUAUAGUAAGGAGUAGACCAACUUUAUUUGAAUACAGUCUGAGACUGAGAUAGAGAAAAUUGGGAUAAAUGAACUUCUGGGGUCUUUGUCAAACUCCUUUUAAAGCCCCAAAUUCUCUAAUCUAUGUACGUCGAGUCUGUAAAAUACUAGAUAGUCUAUGUACAUUUAUUAAAAGAACAAAUGAAGUUUUCGUUCAUUUGCAAUUGGUGUAAUCUAAGAGGUCAAACAAAAAAAAUCGUGUCUUUUUUUCUGUCUGUGCACAUUUUCUCAUUUAUCACGCGAUACAACUAUUAUUGUGACCAUUAAUAUGGAAACUAUUAAAUUAAGAGACUACUCUAAUGAAAAGAAAUUUUUCAUACGUACAGCUGUCUUUAUCUUACAUAUAAGCUAUAGAUAAAGUAAAAAUUAAAAUAACUGAUUUACUCCUAUUUUCUUGUUAUUCAUGAUUCAUAAUACUAACAUGUAUAUCUUAUAAUUUAAUACUCUAAUUAUUCUUUAGCAUCUUAAGUUGCAUUACUAAAGUAUUGUUUAUUAUAUGCUUGGUGUUAUUCUUAUUGCAAGAAAUGCAACACUGUGUCGUUUAUAUACAAUAGGACGUUAUGUCGAUAAACAGUUUCAGUUCAGAAAACACUCGUCGGUUAGAGGUAAUCGAUAGAUAUAAAAACAAAUUACCAUUCAUGGACCAAUGGUUCGUACUCCUAAUUAAACAUACUUCUUCCUCGUAAAUUUAUAACCUAUACGUAUUAUCUAUUAUCAUCUAUUUGUUUAUAAUCUAAACUAAGUCCUGUAACUUAUAUGAGUUGUAAGGUAUCAUAGGAUACAUACGCAUGUUUCGUAUGUUAUAUGUAUAUACGUGUACACAUAGGUAUUGUACACGUGUGCGGAUUAGUAUAUAAAUGAAAUAGAAAUUAAGAGAAAGAUAAAAAUAUUUGAAAAUGAAUAUAAUUAAAAUAUGAACGUCCUGGGUAGAUACGCGAAGAGUGCGCGAGUGGUAGAAGAUGGUUACAAAAUAUUCUAAAAUAUUUGAGAGUCAUAGAAAAAAAAGAGCAAUAAGUAUGCUGUAACUUACACAAUUGUCUUUAUAAUUUUAUUAUUAUACAUCUAAUACCGUUUUUUUUCUUUCAUUACGUUCAAAUUGCAACAAUGAAUACAGUUUGAUGUAAACUUGAUUUGUUCGAUCAAGUGGUUUUAAAAAAUUACACUCGUGUACUCCUGUGUUAUGUGAAAGGUAUAAAAAUAUUGCAAAAACGAUCGUGGUUUAUCAUAUUGAAACAAACGUUUUGUAAACACUGAAUUAACAGAAUGUUUAAAGUGAAAAUAUAAAUCACUAUAAUUUAGAUUAUGACAUUUUUUUUUUUUUCUUUUUUGCAUUUGCAUCGUAUAGCAGUUACUGUCCUGUGUACAAAGACUGCUCUUCAUAUCGCAAGAAGACUGUUAACGUAUAGUGUAUCAUUUGAUAUGAUACAAAUUGUAGAAAAUCUGACAGCCAACAGAUCUUGUGAUUAUCUGAACAAAAUUCUUGAAAAAUGACAGCAUUAUAGCAAAUGUAGAUAUGGUAUUAUGGAACUAUCUCUAAGUACAUCGAAAUUAUAUUACACACAAGGCUGAUAAGGCUUUAAACAUUCAAGUUUUUCUCAGAUGUUGCAAAAGUAUUGAAAGUUUGGCUUAAAUAUAUUUCAUUAUACACGUGCAAACGAAAAAUAAAUCGUUCUCUUAAAAGAGAUUUUAAGCCAAGCUAAUUGUGCUUUUGAAGUUAAAUCUGUAUACUGUGUAUACCAUAUUUGCUGCGUGUGAAAAAUAUAUAUACAUAUAUAUAUAUAUAUAUAUAUAUAU